AUGCAGGCAGUUCCGUCUCACUUCGCAUCCUUGGAUGCGGCUCAGAAAGAUCCGGUCAGAAAGUGCUCGCGGUGCAGAGUGAAGAGAGAUCGCGAGACUCCGGAAAUGCUUGAAAAAUACCAGACUUGUUUGUCUUGCAGGGAGAAGAGAAAAAUUGAGUCUAGGGCCGUUAAAGACACUUUGCCCAAUUUGUUUACAGAUUUUCAUGAUUUUUUGGAGAGAAUCAAGUUCAACCAGGCUAUCGAUAUUUUGGAGCACAAUUUCAGAGGGCCUGCUCCCAUCGAGUUCCGAAGGUUUGCACCAGAAGAGGUCACUCUAGAGAUUUUCCAGGUCACCUCCAAAAUGCUGGUGCAGGCAUAUAUGGAUCCUUUGAUGAAUGCCACGGGUUUUAAAUUUCCUGUUCGUGACUACCACAAGGGUGGUAGCAAGACCAAGAAGAUCUCGUUCAUGUUUAUCUGCAGCCAGGAUUCUUCCAGACAGCGCAAGUCGAGAUCCGAGCACAAGAGAUCCGUUCCCAACAAGCUCAAGGUUGAACGGUGUGAAUCGAAAAUUACCCUUAGCUACGAUCUGACGGAUGGAAUGGUGAUGAUCUAUUACAACCACAAGCACCAUGCUCCCUACGAUUGGAAGAAGAUCCCCAGCGACAACGCCUACCCUGAUCUGUCGCAGUUGGGCAGGCUCAUACAGAAGGAGACUGAGAACGCCAACGAGGCACAGGCCCAGGCUCAGGCCCAGGCGGCAGUGGAACUAGCAGCAAGGACGGUGGCCUAUCGCCAACCUACCAACACGGGUUCCAGUUCGGGUUCUACAGGUGAGGUUUUGCCGGAAGAUAUGGCCAAUCUGCUGCAACUGUCUUCUUACUUGCCCGAAAGUCACCAAGGCCACUCGCAUGGAUCGAACUCGAAGUCCGAGUCAAAUGUGGACGACGAGUUGAAGAAACAAGACUCGCAGGCCAGCGGGUUCAUCGACAACAUUGACCAUGAGCUGAUUAGAGAGAGCAUUCCAAAAUGA